AUGCCACCACAAAACACUGCACAGAAGAAAGGUGAGAAGGCUAGUGAGUUUAAAGAAGUGAGGAAAUCUACACCCAAGUCUCUCCACAUCAUCACAGAUAAAGAGUUUGAAAGAGAUACUGAGGAGGAUUCUACGAUCCAGGUUGUGUUCUUAGGGUUUCUAGUGUCAACAGAAGGGAUGAGUGCAGACCCAGAGAAAGUCAUAACCAUAGUUGAUUGGCCUGAACCGAAGAACAUCCAUGAAGUGCGAAGCAUCCAUGGCUUAGCCACAUUCUAUCGUCAGUUCAUUAGGAGUUUUAGCACGAUUAUGGCUCCCAUUACAGAGUGUAUGAAGAAGGGAGAAUUUAUGUGGUCAAAUGCCGCAGUUAAGGAUUUCAAAGAAAUUAAGGGCAAGAUGGUCGAAGCUCCUAUCAUGCGCCUUCUUGACUUUUUUAAAGUCUUUGAAGUUGCGUGUGAUGCAUCUGGUGUUGGUAUAGGGGGAGUCCUGAGUCAAGAGGGUUAUCCUGUUGCCUAUUUCAGUGAGAUUCACUGA